AUUGUCAACACAAGGACAAAGAAGGAAGGAAAAGGCAAGCCUAGAGCAGAAAAUAUCUCUCUGGUUUUCUGAAAUUCAGAACCGAACCGAACCAGCAUUUUCAAAAUUUCCGUUUUGAUUAAAACAAAAGCAAAAAUAUCUAACGUGGGAGAAAGAAUCAAUCUGAAUUCUGAAUUAUUUUUUAAAUCUCUUGUUUUGUUUUUGUGUUUCUUUCGUUGGCUUGUACUAGAUCUGCCAGACAGACUAGAGGUUUUCUUUUCCUGAGCAAACCCUGAAUCCAUUCAAUUUCAAACCCUGAAUCCAUUCCAUUUGUAAAGGGGUUGUGAUGGCGGCAGCUGGUAAUGGGGUGUCGAUUUGGUUCAAGAACAAGGUGGUCGAUCCCCUCCUCGAAAUCCUCCGCAGGGGUGCAGAACCUAAGCUGUUGGCCUUCUCUGCAGCUCUUGGCCUUACCAUUGGAUUGUUUCCAAUAUGCGGGACAACUGUGGUUCUGUGUGGAAUGGUAAUUGCAUUGCUGGGAUCGCAUUGCCAUGCUCCAACUGUCAUGCUGGCUAAUGUCCUUGCUACACCAAUAGAGCUGAGUUUGGUUGUACCUUUCUUGCGCUUUGGUGAACUUAUCUCUGGUGGAGCUCAUUUUCCUUUAACUUCUGACGCUUUCAAGAAAGUGUUAACUGGCCAAGCUUCACAUGAGGUCUUAAUAAGUAUUGCGCAUGCGUUGUUGGGAUGGCUUGUUGCAGCUCCCUUAAUUUUUGCAGCUCUGUACAUAGUCUUUUUACCAUGUUUUAAGGUGCUGGUUCCCAAGUUCAGUGCUGUUCCUUUGAGCCCAAAGAAAUCAAUUUCACCCACAGAAGUCAGGCUUAAGGGAAACUGAUGCAUUUCUCUCUAUUGCUCUGCAUCACCGGAUAUAUUGCGGUGCAAGACAUCUCAUUCACGGAAUGGGUAUUAAUGUAUAAUCACAGAGAGAGGGAGAGGGGUUUUCAGCGUUGGGCGCACAAUAAUGGAAUAUGGAUGAAUAUAUAUAUAUAUAUAUAUUUUUUUUUGCAAGUGAAAGUUUAGUUGAUUACUUCCGAACUUCACAAUACUGCCCGUUUUGUAGUCUGUUAACCUUUGUUUUUUUUUAUCAACGUUGACAAAUUACUGUGGGGAACAAAUAAGUAAAUACGAGACUGUUUGGCUAUCUACAGUGUUGCUUGCAAGGAGGAGGAGAAGGAGAUGGCAAUGGAUAAGUAGAAGGGGACAUCUGUUUUAUUAUAUUGUCAAACAUGUUAGAUUUUGCUGAAUAAUAUAUGCUGCUUGUGACA